CAGUGUCAUCCCAUUGCCUCAGCCUCCGAUCUCAUCGUCGUAACCCAACCGUAACCACGGAUAUGUCUUAUAUCUCUGAGUUGGUGCCAAUAGAAUCAUAUACUUGCGUGGACCAGUACCAACGCUCGAUGUGAUGCCAUAUGGAAGAUCAUGGGCAGAUUCCGCCAGCGCGAGGAUCAUGAAUUAUGCCAUGCUCGGAUCCGGCCCUCAGGCAGAUAUGGGAAGGUAAUCAACUCCACACCCUCGGCCUUCGGAUCUCAGGCAAAUGUUUGGACAUCAGGUGAUACAAAUGGAUGUAAUUAGCCUUGCCAGCUGGCCGAUCUGUAUGAUUAGCUAGUAAUAUCGUUCCCCCACACCUGAGUAGCCUUGCCAGGAUGUGGUGUCCGCGGGACUGGAAGACUGCUGCAAGAACGAGACGGAUUGGAGACGGAUUGAGGGUCCACUCCCUCGUUGGGAAUCCGAGGAGGAGAAUCAUCUUGCUGCUCGAGUGUCGCGUGGGGAAUGAAGUAGCCGUAGCCAAAAUCACGGGAGACUUGAAAAAGUGCGGUAAGAGGCGGAUACAUCCUGAUUUCUUGCGGUUCUAAUUUCUUCCUUUGAUAUAUCCCGCCGACAUUUGGCAUCAACUUCGGCUAAAGUGUGUCCAGGGCUGUAGGGGAAUGGACGGGGUACUACUGUACAGCUGAGGAACAAGGAGGAGAUCUGGGAAAACUUUGAAUUCCAAAUUUGGUCAUUGUUCCCACGCUCAAUACGCUUUGCUCUGUGCAAAACUGACCUGAAUCCACCGUGAAUCCACUUUCUCUCUCUGAGUCCGUAGGCCUUAAGGAGAGUUUCCAAUUCGAAAGGCCGCUCACAAGUCACGUUGAAAAUUUGUGUUAGAGAUUAGAGAUGGAUCAUCGCACUCGAUUGUCAUUCGGAUUGACAUUACACUUGAUUUGUGGCAUCUGGACGCGUCAUCUCGGCAGCAUUUACUAUGCAAUCCUUAAGGCUUAAAGGUCUUCUUCCAAAGCCUUUGCAAGCUUCGAUACCAUGCCCACCCUCAUAGAGGUCAAAGCGUAUAACACCUUGUUUCAAUUUUCUUACAUUCCGGUUGCGGUCUUCGUUGGGGGAACAAGUGGUAUAGGACAACGCACGGUCGAAGCUCUCGCUCGGACAGCCAACGGGAAAAUCCACAUCAUUAUCCUUUCUCGCUCUGAAUCAGUUGGAAAAGAGAUCCUGGCUUCCUUGGUGAGGCCCCUCGAUGUCUCCAUCAAUGUCAUUCGCGAAUUCGUAUAUUGCGACGCGGCUCUUAUGAAGAAUGUUUCUGUAGCUUGCAGCAAGAUCAGGCAGAUCCUACGAGAAAAUUUACCCCAUCACGAUCCUCCCAGAAUCAAUAUACUUUUUAUGUCCGCAGGAUAUGCGGAUGUUCGGUUAUGGACGCGUAAAGACACAGAAGAGGGAAUCGAUCACCAGUUGUCUUUGCGAUACUACCACCGGUUCAAGUUCACUUAUGAACUGUUGCCAUUACUACGUGCUGCUAAGGAUGCAGGAGAAGAUGCGAAAGUAUUGUCGGUGUUGGCGGCUGGUGUCAGGUGGUGGCUGCCACAGGACGAUUUCGGAUACAAAACUUUGAAGGAUGGGCCCGUUUGGAGAUCAACAAUUAUUAGCGCUCCCUAUAACGACCUCGCGUUCGAAGGUUUCGCACAAAGAGAGCCGGGAAUCGCCUUCACACACAUGAAUCCAGGUUUUGUGCGGACGCCCACAUUUAACAACACCAAUUCAUUCGCGCACUGGUUUUUGAAGCCGUUUGAUCUUCUCGUUAAGCUAGUCGCUUUAUUCAUCUCCAUCUCUGAAGAGGACAGUGCACAGUUUUUCCUAUAUGCGCUACUCGCAGGAAAGGCCGGAUUUCACAGGAGGAAUAACCAAGGUGACGGUAUUGGGAAUUGCGAUCAUGGGGUUGAUAAAGAGAAGUUUUGGAAGCAUUCAUUGGAGGAGACUCAGUCAGGGUAGCAGGCAGGGUUCUAUCUAUACGGAUCCUAAAAACUCUAAGUACU